AUGUCUAGUGGAAAGAAAAGAAAAGUAGAUACAGGGGGUCGCCAGUUUCAAGAAAAAUGGACUGAAGAAUUCUUUUUUAUCUUGCAUAAUGGUAAGCCUAUUUGUUUGCUGUGUAAUGAAUCCAUUUCAGUAAUGAAAGAAUUCAAUAUAAAGAGGCAUUACUCAACUAAGCAUGCUACGCUGCACUCAUUAACAGGACAAUUAAGAACAGAAAAAAUCCAGAAGCUUACCGCAAAUUUGGAAAAACAGCAACAAAUGUUUCAUAAACAAUGA